AUGGACGUCAGCAAGCGACCCGGGAUGAGGGACACCGUGCUGGCGCUCCUCCUCGCCGUCCUGCAGGGUCUUCCCAUUGGGGAAGCCUCCUCGAACCCGUCCCCGCUGGCUGGAUCCAACUGGGGGAACCCGAGGAGGUACGUCCACCUGCAGACCUCCACGGACCUCAACACCUUCUACCUGGAGAUCAGGCUGGACGGCGCGGUGCGCAAAGCCACGUCUAGGACGUCAUACAGUGUAAUUCUACUGAAAGCUGAAACACGGGAGCGCGUGGCCAUCUUCGGAGUCAAAAGCAACCGCUACUUGUGUAUGGAUUCAGAGGGCAACCCCUACACCUCGUCCGUUUGUCUCAGGGAGGAAUGUUUGUUCAACCACAAGCUUCUGGAGAACAACCGGGACAUUUACUACUCCACCCGGAACAGCAUCCUGUUCAACCUGGAGGGCUCCCGGCAGGUGUACGCAGUGGGCCAGAACCUGCCGCAGACCGCCCUCUUCCUGCCGAAGAAGAACACGGUGCCGCUGGAGCGCCUCCUGCUGCACAGGGGGAAGAGGAACCAAGUGGUGGACCCCUCAGACCCACACAACGCCCUGACCCGGCAGACCGAGGACGGCUCGGACUCCAGGGCCGUGCGAGAGGACGACGGAGACCUGGAGGUGGAGACUGAGGUUGGGGACGACGGGGUCGUCUCCAGGGAGAUGCCGCCCCAGGCUCCGUCCAACCAUGACCCCUGGAACGUGCAGUCUUCCAGACAGGCUAGCCCCCGGAGCACCGGCACCCUGGGAUGA